UGGUGUCGAGUAUGGCAACCAUAACCAGUGUGUGUGUGGCGAAGCACUGUUAUGAAUCAAUGUAUAAUGCGUUUAUUUACAGUAUUAACCUUUAAAAAGUCUUUAAAAUCAAUUUCUYAUCCAUUUCGCGAAAAUAAAAUAACUAACUUUUUUUUGUAAAGUGCAUAUUUUUUUAUGCCUAUAAAUUUCGAAAUCACUGCSCUUUGAUUGUUUUGUAUUAUCUUUGUGACAGAAACGGACUAUUAAAGUCACGUACAACCAAAUGGAAGAAUUUCACACAGCUUAUCUAAGAGAAAUAGUUUUGGUGUUAAAUAAAUUGAUUUUGCUGAACUGAGCUAAUGUUUUAUGCCCGGGUUUUUUUGUUUUAGCGCUUCAGUAUUCACRCUUCAGCCAAUACUAUUCUUUUGUUCAAGAAUCUGCCAUAUAUAUGCAUAUAUAUGCAUAUAAAUGGGACACAACAUUGUAACGUUUGGAAUAAGCAUAUUAGAAAGGGAACGACCAUUUACUUUAAUACAGUUAACUCUAAUUGCUUUUGUACUCAAUGGUACUAAAAACAAUACUUUUUCGAUCGUUAUAAAUGAUAUUAUAUUUUUUCUCUGCGGAUCCAGUUACUGAGGUGMAACGCUCGGUUCCGGUUGGCGCGGUUCCGGUCGAUCGGUCGAUGCUUUGUAAACACGUGUGAGCCGCUUUAUUUUUCUGGUCAGCUGGUGUUCGUAUUGCGCAUGGUCAUUAGGAGACGGGAAAGUUUGUACCUGGAAAGGAAGAUAAAGUUUUCAAAAGAAAGUUUUCUCUUUUAACCUCAUUUUUCCCUGAAGAAUUUCAUAGAUUUGAGUAUUUUUAUAACGAAGAUUGUCUGUAGCCAUUGUUUUAUGCAAAACGAUGUCUAAAAACUUUGCAGAAGUGCCUUAURUAUAUCACGGGUCAGUGGGGAUGAUAAAGACCUCAAGUCAGAUGAUCAUAGCUACCUUGUACCUGUCUGGAAAUCAACGGACUCAAAACAGAGAUGUAAAAGCGAUCCUAUGAUGAUUCCAAAGCUUGCGAGUGAUGAUUUUUGGCGAUAGAAAAGACUUUAAAGACUUAUAUCUCAUUGAGCGGGAAGCGACCUGUGAACUUGYUGGCAAAUCUUUCACUGAAGGACAAACAUACACUCCCAACAACUGCCUGGACGUAUGCCUAUGUGAAGAUGAUGGGAAGUUCCACUGUAAGACCUGCGGACCAGCCCAACCAAAGACGAAAUGCAAUGGAUGGGCACACAAACUGACUAAAGUCGAGUUUCAUGUUGGUACGGAGGAAGCCGGGGGAUGCAAUUGUUUUAAAUAUGAAUGCCACAAAAAAUCAAUAAAAACCUGGUUUAAGGAAUUAUGGACUAAAUUAACGAAGAGUCUAACGUAAAGAGAGAAGUGGGUGCGGAGAAAAACAACAAGGCUUAUAAUGUGGUCAGAGAAGAAUAUUUAAAGAAAUGCUAUCGCUACACAUGGAGGUUUCAAGCUACUACGUAUCCUUGGUUGUUGUGGUUCUAGCGAUGAUAUUUUCAACAGCGUCUAGUAAUGCUGUCUCUAAUCGUGUGCCUGGUAAUGCGGAUAUAUCGACGUCUUGUUAUUUUGAAGACCGGUUUUACCCCGUCAACUCUAGUUUUCUAACCAAGGAUUGUGCGAUGCAGUGUAUCUGUAUUGGAUACAACGUUACCAGUUGUAUGGACCUGUGUAAUCCUUUACCCAGGGGGAAUUGCCCGCUUGGCUGGAGGGCGGAGGAGGAGAAAGAACCUGCUGGUCCAAAAGGUAGUAACUGCUUUUGUACAAAAAAGGAGUGCGUUCCAGCUUUCUGUUUUACCAAGGAUUUCGUCAAAUACAAAAUAGGAGAAUCCUACAAGCGUAACAACUGCUCAGAGACAUGCACUUGUACGAAGGAGACCCGUUUUGAGUGCAGACCAACAUGUCCUACGAUCAACUGCCUCAAGGGAUUCAAGGUUAAGAACACUGGACAGACAGUGAUGAUAUCUGGCUGUAGAUGCCCAGUUCAACGUUGUAAGAAACCAGGUCGAAUGUGCAAAGCUAACGGUCGCGUCUACACUAACGGAAAGUUAUUUGUGACUGASAGCUGUCGAUCAAAGUGCAAGUGUAAAAGGAAUGGAGUUUUGAGGUGUAGUCCAUUGUGUCCCAAGGCUAAGAUACCAAGCUGUGCGAAGAAUGAAAGAUUAGUGGAAAGAAGGCUACCAACUGCUCUUGCUAGGGGAAGAUGUUAUUGUACGAGAAAAAUCUGUAUUCCUGACCCUGCUGCUCUGAAACCGUUCAACUUGCUCAAGCCAUUCCAACUCAGAAGUUGUCAAUUUGCCAACAAGACAUUGCGUCCUGGACAGCGGUUUAUCUCCAAAGACUGCUCGGACAGAUGCCGAUGUACAUCUAAGGGAUAUUUAGUCUGUGUUCCACUGUGUGCCAAUCUUCCAGUCACGUGCCUGGCUAAUGAAGAGCGCGUGUUGAUCAGAAGACCAGUGCUUGAUAGUAACUGUUCAUGUACAAGAGUAAUAUGCAGAGCAAAGACAAAUCAAGGAAAAAGACAAAACGAGUGCCGAGUAGACGGGCACGCCUUCCAAAGAGGCAUCACCUACGUCGAUACAAACUGCACCAAAUCCUGCACGUGCGGUAACGAUGGUGACGCUAAAUGUAGACCGCUGUGUCCAUUGCAUCAAACCACGUACUGUCAGAAUGGUUACUUACAAAUCAAUCACGUCCGGUCCGCUGUUGCACCAUGGUGCAAGUGUUAUAUCAAAGAGUGUAUAACCAUUGAGGAUAAUCGAACCGAAAUCCAGUAACACCGACGAUAGACCAUGUACAUACACAGAUUAAAAAGGAUAAAAGAAAUAAAGGACAAACAACAAGAGAUUAUCUACCAAAUUGGAAUACAUUAUUCCGCUGACAAUCCAUUCUGCUCAUUCAUCAAAGUUACAUUACACUUAUAACCCUUUAAAGAUAAACAAGUCCUGAAUCAUUGUAAAUGGAUGCAAAGAGACCAAACUCGUUCUGCCUGAUACAUAACAUCACAGCUCGAGGAAUCAUAGGACGAAUGGGAAUCUUCGUGUGACAUUACUGGUGUGCAACCAAUCAAAAACGUGUUGGACAUAGACUAGAUCCGUUUGAAAGAGUCUGAUGUGUUUGAUCAUGCCUGACAGAAAUAAAGACCUAACGUGAGCCUACAACGGUAUAUCAUAGGAAAAGAGGUGACGUGAGGUCUUCUCUUGAGACGCAGAAAUAUAUGUAUGUAUGUACGUCAUGACAGUGUUAGUUAGACUACGUACUGCGAACAUUGCUUUGCUAUAAAGUCAUGAGCAUAACUUUUAAAAUACAUAAUUGAGUAUUAGAGCGUAUUAUUGAUUACAGAUAUAAAUGAUUGUCACGCUAGACACUAUCAAAGGGCUGUUCCAAGAGUUUUCAAAACUUGGUGCAGAUAAUGCAUGAAUGUAAUAUGAGGUCAAAGUGGGCCCGAUACUGAAUUCAUAUGAGAUGGAACGUAAAAUAGGUAGUGUAACCCCCCCGUAUCAUGCGUUUUGGAUCCACUACUUGAUAUUACUCUGUAAACUUAGACCAUUCUUGAAAAGGGAGGGUCAGUUACGCAGAUAAAAGAUCAGCAUAUUUAGAUAAAACUGAUCACAUGUUUUGUUACUAAGACAUGCACGUUGAUCCGUUGUAAGUUUUGUGUGUAAUAGCCUGCGAAGUGGCUCAAAAGGCUAGGUCUGUAAAGCCGACGCUUUGAUGCUAAACUAUUGGAUAUGUUAAUCUAUAUACUCCUAAUCAAUCUAUAUACUCCUAAGCGUGUUGAAAAUAACGACAACUUUAAGUUUUGUUUUACCUAAGAUUAUAUUAACAUAUUUUACAUUCGUAAAUCAUGAAGAAAUUGAGAUGGAUUUGAAGCAUUUCUAUUAUAGUAGCGAUGUAAAAGAACACAUGCAUUUGUGAAGGUGAGGUGGUCCUACUGCUCAGAAAGGGCACAGCAACAGAGCUACCUAAAAGUGGAAGGCUUGAAAUGAGUAAGAAUAAGACGUUUGUAUGAUGGUGUCAUUUCACUACCACUACCAAAAUGCUUCUCGAAUUUCAAAGUCUAUUCUUAUUCAAAUCAAAUUCGUAUUUCCCCAUGAAAAAAAUAUUGGUGCUGAUUAACUGACCAAAAGAAAGGGAUUCUGGUAGAUGGAGUAAAUAACGCCAUAAUGCAAGUUUUCUAUACAAAAAGCACGAACGUUAGCACUGGAGACUUCCACUCCAACGUUUUAUUAUGCUACCAAUACCAGUUUAAAAACACGAUGCUCUCAUGCCGCGACUUUACGAAACAACAUCAGAAGUCUGUUUGGCAUUGAUUGGUUUUUUAAUUCACAAUUUCGACCAAUCUAAUCCAUCCUAUGCAAUCAAGUGUUCCUGCAUCUCAUUAUCUAUAUAAUUAAGUAUAUUUAUGGCAAACAAAAAAAAAAACACAACAUAAGAAAAUAAUGAUAAAAGAUA